AUGAAAGUAGAGCAAGACGACAACACCACCAUCGCUGAUCUGGUUCGUGAAGCAUCUGCCACAACUUCAUCAAGUUCAUCAACCACUGAACUGCUAAUCAAUAACAAUAAUACAACUGUAUCAAGCUCGGAGCAUGCAAAUUCCAGCUCGUCAUCAAAAUCUUAUUCGUUUUCUGAAAAAUUUGGAGAUUUGUUCUCCGAUGAGAAUACAGAUUCACUAUGCCAUUGUGUGAGUGAAGAUUUGGCCAUGAGCAAAGGAAUUGCAUUGAUAUUCAAGAAUAAAUAUGGAAGAGUUGAUGAAUUGAGAAAGCAGAAUGCCAAGACAGGUGGUCUGGCUGUAUUACAUGUCCCAGAGGAUAAUAGAUACAUUUAUUACUUGGUGACCAAACCUAAAUACUUUUUAAAACCAACCUAUGACACUCUGUUGUCAAGUUUAAAGUGUAUGAAACAACAUGCUAUCGAGCAUAACGUCACACGUAUUAGCAUGCCCUUAAUUGGUUGUGGGCUCGAUAGGCUUCUAUGGCCUCGUGUUAGAAAUUUACUCGAUGAGACUUUUGGAGAUUUGGAAAUGCAUUUAACCGUGUACAAGUUGGACAACAAUGAUUCCUCAAACAAUAGUGGCAAGAGUCGAAACAAAGGCAAUGGAGGAGGCGGAAACAAAAAAGGAGGAAGAGGAGGCGGUCAAAAAAGAGGAAACAAUUCACAAAGCAGUGGCUACCAUCAACGAGGAGGUAAAAAAACAAAAUAA